AUGGGGAUCCCAACUUAUCCAAAUUCUUCCAUUUGUGUGGCAAUGGGUUGGGGCAUCAUAGACCGCCCUUAUGGAAGCACUUUGGAUAGCAAGAGGUCAGACCUAGAUCGCGUCCUCAAUGUUAAUGUGGUUGGAUCUUUCUUAGGAGCCAAACAUGCUGCAAGGGUCACGAGGGAAUUGCAUCUCGCCUUCCGGUGUUGCGACAUCCAUAAUAAGUGGACCUACGAUCGAGGAAUUCGAAGCAGUACGGUUGCGAUGGCAAAUCUGAAGGGGAAAAUUCUCAGGGUUGAUGAUGUAGCAAAAACUGCACUAUAUUUGGCUAGUGAUGAUGCAGGGUACAUCGGUGAGCUCAACCUUGUAGUAAAUGGAGGAUACACUGUUGGGAAUCCUACCAUGAUGAAGGCUAUGGGCCUUCUUAAAUUAUUUGGAAAGUAG